UGUCUAACAUAUUUUCUUUCAUGCAAAACCUCUAAGUAUGGUAUACCAGGUCCAUUUGAGUACCGGGAAAACGCUUUGCAUUUCAUGAUGAAAAAAAGGCUCUGGACAGCAUCUGGAAAUGGAAGAGUUAAAAAAAAAUUUCAAACGCAAAUGCCUAUAAAUGCGUUUACACGCAUUUACAAGCAUUUGGCAUUUGAAACGCUGAUAAAAUCUACUCCUGAACGCAAGUUUGGUACGUUCAAAAAAACGACUCUAAGCUCAACUACCUGUAAAGGACUGUAAAUGACAUAGCGUACUAGGAAAUAUAGGAAAACAUUAG